UCUGUCACUCCCUCUCUUCCUUAUAAGCCAACCAACCAGCACUUGUAUCUCCAGCUCAUUUCUCUCUGAUUUUUCUCCACAGGACAAAACCAUGGAUGUCGAAGAAACCCAGCUUCAUCGCUGCCCAUCAGAUACCGAUCUUGAUUUCAGCUUCAACUCCACCGCCACUGACCGCACUUUCGCCUCCUCAAGUGCUCGCUCUAGUCUUGCUCGUUCUAGUCUAACUCUCAGCUUCAACGACCGCCUCUCCACCACCUCCACCACAACAACAACGACCACCAUCAAAAACUCUCUCCACCAUCGUAAAUGUGAUCCACAUUGGUCUGCUAUAAAAACAGCCACCAACCUAUCUACAGAUAGCAAACUCCACCUCCGACACCUCAAGCUCCUCCGCCACCUGGGCACAGGAAAUCUUGGCCGUGUCUUUCUUUGCCAACUUAGAGACUGCAACAAUGCAAACUUUGCUUUGAAAGUUAUAGAUAAAGAUUCCUUAACCAAUAAAAAACUAUCUCAUGUUCAGAUGGAAGGUGAGAUUCUCUCCAUGCUAGACCACCCUUUCUUGCCUACACUCUAUGCCCAUCUCGAAGUCUCUCAUUACACCUGUCUUUUGAUUGAUUACUGUCCUAAUGGAGACCUCCACUCUUUGCUACGUAAACAGCCUGGUAAUCGGUUACCAGUUCAGGCUGUUAAGUUCUUUGCUGCUGAGGUGUUGGUGGCUUUGGAGUAUUUACAUGCCGUAGGUGUUGUUUACCGGGAUCUAAAGCCGGAGAACAUAUUACUACGUGAAGAUGGUCAUAUAAUGUUAUCUGACUUCGAUUUGUGUUUCAAAGCUGAUGUUGUCCCCACUUUUGACAGAAGGGUCCACAAAAAAAGAAUGGCGGGGUCCACGAGAAGAGGAGGUGGUUGUUUCGGCACGGUUAAUCGGAGGGGAGUAGAGGAGGAGGAAGUGGUCGAGGAAGAGUUUGUGGCGGAGCCCACGGCAGCUUCGUCGAGAUCCUGUGUUGGGACCCACGAGUACCUGGCUCCCGAGUUGUUGUCCGGAAACGGUCAUGGUAAUGGAGUGGAUUGGUGGGCUUUUGGGGUUUUGGUCUAUGAAUUACUGUAUGGAACGACACCGUUCAAGGGAGGGAGUAAAGAGAGCACCUUGCGCAAUAUAGCAUCGAGCAAGCACGUGACCUUCCGUGUGAUGGAAGGGGAGGGUAAAGGGAUGGAAGAGGCCAGGGAUUUGGUUGAGAAGCUGUUAGUCAAGAACCCAAGGCAGAGGCUAGGGUGCAUCAAGGGCGCCACAGACAUUAAGAGACACCCCUUUUUUGAUGGGAUCAAGUGGCCUUUGAUAAGGAACUAUAAGCCACCGGAGGUUCGUGGCCUCGUGGCAAAAAAGGGGAAGAGCCACCCAAGUGGUCACUUGCUAGGGAGUGUUUCUUCCCCUCGGAGGAAGUGUUGGUGGAGGUUGUGGAAGAAGGGUGUUAGCGGGCUUGGAAACUUGCUGAGAAGUAAAGGAUCCAGUCCAAGAUAUUAUCCUCUGAGCAACAGCCAACAUUACAAUGGUAAUUAUCAUCAUUACAAGGUCAGGAAAAGUGCCUAGUCGGAGGAGGAUCCAUUCCGAGCUAGCUCCUUCAAGGUUUAGACCUUCGUAAGGGCAUCUCAUAUUAUACUUUUAGCUCUGAAAACUUUGUAUAAUUAGAUCAUAGAAGGGUGACGGGCAAUGUCAAUUUUGGAGUUGUUGCCAAUUUUGCUGCUGCUGUGCUGCUGCUAUUUUUCCUCGACACACUGUACAUGGGUCGGACUACUAUAAAUGAAGAUUCAUACUCUUAGUUGUUAA